UGUUAUCUUUGAACAAAUAUUCUUUAGAGAAAUUAAGUGAGAAUUAUGAAAAUGAAGAUUGUUUUCAUAGCCUCAUUGAUUUUGGUGUUUUCUAAUUUUAUUGAAGCCUCAGAUGGAAUGGAUGUUAUGCAUAUUGCUGGCAAAGUUCUUUGCCAAGAUUGUACUCAAGGAUGGAAUGAAUGGGUUGAUGGUGCCAAAGCCAUCAAAGGUAGCAUAGUAUCUCUGACGUGUCUGGAUGAGAGAAGAAGAGUGAUGUAUUACGGAAGUGACCUCACGGAUGAAGCUGGAAUUUUUGACUUAAUUGUUAACCAAACUUGUCAUGGCAAAACAAUUAAGCCACAAAAUUGCUUUGUGAGAUUGGUUUCUUCACCUGACCCUGUUUGCAAUAUUGCCACCGACUUUGCCGGAGGAAAAUCCGGUGUAAAGCUCCACCGUCCGACGGUGGUGUACCGGGACUUGCUCAAAUAUGUGCUUAGCCCUUUCUACUACACAUCUCCCAUGUGUGAUGAACCUAAUAUUAAUGAUGAUGAUAAUUUGGAGACUAAUGAUGAUAAAAAUCAAAACAACUAUUAAACUAAGUUCUUGAUUUUUUAAAAAAUUUUAAUGUUUGUUUUAAAUUUCCCAUUUUGCAAAUGGAAAAUGACAAUUUAUCUAUGUUGGAUGAGUUGAUAAUUUUAUUUUGUA